AGGGCGAGCAAGCCACAGCCGCUUGGAGCGAGACAUCCCGCGCGCCGCUAACCGUCACCUGUGGCUGCGCGCGGCCUCUCGGCGUGGGCGCGAGACCCCUGGCGCGAAGGUUUCGGGGUGAUGUGUCCCCCUCAGACGGCCGGUCCCGCUGACGCCUCCGCGGGGUCCUAGCGCCACCGGACGAUCGCCAAGCAGAGGGAGCGACCCGGCGGCAGCUUCACCGCUCAGUGUCACACCCGCUGCCCCGGCACGGCGCGGCCGGGGUGCGCACCGCUUUAGGGCUGCACGGGAGAGACGAAGCCGAGUCCGGCAUGAGCCGCGGCGGCUCUUCCUGAGCCCGGCGCUCUGCGAGGGAUCGCGCCCCCGGCCAUGGGGGUGAACGCCGUGCACUGGUUCCGCAAGGGGCUGCGGCUCCACGACAACCCGGCGCUGUGGGAGUGCAUCCAGGGCGCCGACAGCGUGCGCUGCGUCUACAUCCUCGACCCCUGGUUCGCGGGCUCCUCCAACGUGGGCAUCAACAGGUGGCGGUUUCUGCUUCAGUGUCUUGAAGAUCUUGAUGCCAAUCUACGAAAAUUAAAUUCUCGUUUGUUUGUGAUUCGUGGACAGCCAGCAGAUGUGUUUCCCAGGCUCUUUAAGGAAUGGAACAUUGCAAAACUUUCUAUUGAAUAUGAUUCUGAGCCAUUUGGGAAGGAGAGGGAUGCAGCAAUUAAGAAGCUGGCUAGUGAAGCCGGAGUGGAGGUCAUUGUACGAAUUUCGCAUACAUUAUAUGACUUAGACAAGAUUAUAGAAUUAAAUGGGGGACAGCCACCUCUUACCUAUAAAAGAUUUCAGACUUUAAUCAGUAGAAUGGAACCACUGGAGAUGCCAGUGGAAACCAUCACUGCAGAAGUAAUGGAAAAGUGCACUACUCCAGUUUCUGAUGACCAUGAUGAGAAAUAUGGUGUUCCGUCACUAGAAGAGCUAGGUUUUGAUACAGAUGGUUUGCCUUCAGCAGUGUGGCCAGGUGGAGAAACAGAAGCUCUCACACGACUGGAAAGGCACUUGGAACGAAAGGCUUGGGUAGCAAACUUUGAAAGACCACGAAUGAAUGCAAAUUCCCUUCUUGCAAGUCCCACAGGGCUUAGUCCCUAUCUGCGGUUUGGCUGUCUGUCAUGUCGCCUUUUUUAUUUCAAGUUAACAGACCUAUACAAAAAGGUAAAGAAGAACAGAUCCCCUCCCCUCUCCCUUUAUGGCCAACUCCUGUGGCGUGAGUUUUUCUACACAGCAGCUACUAAUAAUCCACGCUUUGAUAAAAUGGAGGGAAAUCCCAUCUGUGUUCAGAUUCCAUGGGAUAGGAAUCCUGAGGCUUUGGCCAAGUGGGCAGAAGGCAGGACAGGAUUUCCUUGGAUUGAUGCAAUUAUGACACAGCUCCGUCAGGAAGGUUGGAUUCACCAUUUAGCCAGACAUGCUGUGGCAUGCUUCUUGACUCGAGGUGACCUGUGGAUUAGUUGGGAAGAAGGAAUGAAGGUGUUUGAAGAAUUGCUGCUUGAUGCGGAUUGGAGUGUAAAUGCUGGAAGCUGGAUGUGGCUUUCCUGUAGUUCGUUUUUUCAGCAGUUUUUUCACUGCUACUGUCCUGUGAGUUUUGGCAGAAGAACUGAUCCUAAUGGGGAUUACAUCAGACGUUAUUUGCCUAUACUUAGAGGUUUCCCUGCAAAAUACAUAUACGAUCCUUGGAAUGCCCCAGAGAGCAUCCAGAAGGCUGCAAAAUGUGUAAUAGGAGUUCAUUAUCCUAAACCAAUGGUAAAUCAUGCAGAGGCAAGCCGCCUGAAUAUUGAGAGGAUGAAACAAAUCUACCAGCAGCUUUCACGAUACAGAGGAUUGGGUCUUCUUGCAACAGUGCCUUCUAACCCAAAUGGAAAUGGUGGCCUAAUGGGAUAUUCACCAGGAGAAAACAUCUCUGGUUGUAGUAGUGCAAGUGGAGCUCAAAUGGGAAGCAAUGAUGGUCAUACAGUGGGCGUUCAGACAUGUUCCCUAGAAGACUCACAUGCAGGAUCAAGUGGAAUUCAGCAGCAUGGUUAUUCUCAAGGCAACAGUAUUGUACAUUAUGCCCAGGGAGACCAUCAGCAAUCACAUUUACUGCAACAAGGAAGAACAGGAAGCACUGGUAUCAGCACUGGGAAACGCCCAAAUCCAGAAAAGGAAACUCAGAGCAUUGGGCCGAAAGUCCAGCGACAGAGCACUACUUAGAUUGCAUUGUUGGAAGGGAAGAUGCCGCACAGAAUGUGUUGAAGGCAAAAUUUUGUUGCGCUGUAUUGGAGCUAAAGUAUUGUGAUAAUACUUGUAUUAAAGUAACACAUUUUUCAUAAAUUUGUUUCAAUGGAAUGCUUUAUUUCUAAUUGGCAUUUUUAUGGUUUUUAACUUUUUAAUGACUUUCAUAAAGGGCAAAUUGAGAUUUGUAUAUAAAGUAUUUGGUGAGGAAUUUGUUAACUUGAAUGUAAAUACAAACAUUCAUGAUUAGUGAUAGACUCAUCAAUAUAUUUUUGAUAUUUCAUGUAUGGUAACAGUAAAGACAGUAAAGUAAUGGUGGUUCUGUAAAAUAGAAACUUUGUGGGCAGAAAUUGGAAGGUAUGGAGGUUUUUAGACUUAAUAUUUUUAGAGUGGACAGGAUUUUAACCUCUAUGAUCCAACUUCUGCAUAUUUUCAUAAUGUAAGAGCUUAGGAUUUUGUUUAAUUAAAAUACAGUAGACUUGUAACCUCUAUUAAAUGCAGCUGUAUUUAAGUCACAAGCCAUUUAUUUCUGUCAAUAAGUUGUAAAGUUGUCAUGUAUACGUCCAGUCCUUGUAUUUCCCAUUGCCUUGUUCAGUUAAGCUAAAAUUACCUUGUUUAAUAAAAAUGUAUAUACAGA